GCCGUCUUUUCAUCGCCCUCCAGUACAGUAAUAACAUGGUAGUCGUCGUUUUCCCUCGUCGUCAGAGCCGCGGUCACUCCCUGCCCGAACUUGCGGCGAGGAUCAGGUACAAGCUCGCUGCCAUUGGAGCCCAGAUGGCGCAGAUGCCAUUACCGUUACACGGCGCCUGCCGAAUACAGCCUUACAUACACGGGCCCGAUCAAUUGAGAUUUUGUUGUGCGUUUCUCAUUCGGGCCGCAAACUCUACCGACAUGGACAGGACGUCUGAUGCUCGGGACGGAGUCGUUGGGCAGGAUGGUAACACCGAUAUGCUUUGGCCUUGUGCACUUCAAAUGCUAACUUGGAGUGCGAGGAUGCCGCCCGACCGGCUCUUUUGUUGCCAUGCGAUGCUGGUACCGAGUCAAGUUGCUGCAUUUCCUCGAACCUCUCAGCUUCGCCUCCCGUCAACCUUCCAGUGCGAAUCACCAUGUGUGGAUGUCAGGUUACUGCCCACCUCCACCACUGACACUCACACCACCCGUGCCUCCUGUCACUGGCAUUAGCCGCAGCAGGGUGUUGACCCCAUGAGCAUCAGAAACAAUUCUUCGUUUUCGCCUGGUCCUCUUAGAAAGCGCAACGGCUUUUCCUCAGGGAGAAGGGCAUACCCGUCCCUCGGGCGAUGCGUAGUGGUUCGGAUGUGACAAUGACA